AUAGGACGAUUUAUUGGCCUGUACAGAUUCUCUUUAAUCCUUUAUUAGUUUACUAUCGGCAUUAGAGCGAAAAUAUUGUUGGUCAAAACGUACAGAGAUUGUGCAGUCAAAUAUGGUGCAAUUUGUACAAUGACGUUAGUAUAAAGUAAUCCAAGGUCGUCACGUGCGUUUGCAGUUUAUCUGCAAGAUAAGAGAUAAAGUUACCGAUUUUUACCGCAAAUACCACGGUUUUUGGCAUUUUGUCAUCGAACGAAGAUGUCGCUGACACUCACUAGCGGCCGACGUUGCUUAUAUUCUACUUGGAAAAAAGUAUAUUUUUGGUCAUGGACCUCAAGUGCAAGUAAACUUAAGGGAAAAAGAAAUCUCAAUAACCGACAAAUAUCAACCAGUACGCAACAAUGUGGACUAGUAGAACGCAUGCCAGCAAAGGGCGAGUUCUCUCGUGAUCCAAAUCAGCCAAUAGCAGUUGUUUAUGGAUGGCUGCUAGCAAAAAGCCGCCAUCUUGAAAAAUUUGGUCAGUUCUAUAACAACUACGGAGCGGAUGUUGUUACUGUGAAACCAAACGUGUCUGAGGUUCUUCGACCCAAGAAAGCGGAAAAACUUGCCGCAAGCCUACUUGAUAUCUUGCAGUCACCCACCAACAAAGACAGACCAAUCCUAGUUCAUGGUUUUUCGGUCGGAGGCUAUCUGUACGGUCAAACACUCAAUCACAUUGUCACAGAUCCCAAAUAUUCCUCGGUGCAAGAUCGUAUCAUUGGGCAAAUAUUCGAUAGUCCUGUGGACUUUGAUAAUAUACCGUACGGAAUCUCAAACGCUGCGACAGAGAAUGUGAUACUCAGGAAUACAAUGAGGUUAAGCAUUCAGUCUUAUUUUAAACUCACUCAGAAACACACAAUGGAUAAAUUCCUUGCGAGAUCGAAAUUGUUCCUCGGUAAUCCGGUACGAGCUCCAGCACUGAUCUUGUUUUCCAAUGAUGAUCCAGUUGCAUUACCAGAAGCAUGUGAACAGUGCGUGACAAAAUGGCGGGAUCUUGGGAUGGAUGUGACGGCGAAGAAAUGGGAAAGUUCCCCUCAUGUGUCGCAUUUUUAUAAACAUCAGGAGGAGUAUUUAGAGCUGCUGAUGAUGUUCUUGCAUAAAGUUGGUAUUGUUCAGACCGUGGAAGGCAGAAAACUUUAAAUGGCUAUAUUAUAAGACGAUCACUCCUGUGUAAUAUUUAAGGAUUAAAGCACUCUAUGAGUGCGUUAUUGGGUUUUACAUGCACGAGUUCAUACACAAGGAACGAGAAGUUCAGUACUGUAUUGAACUUCGAGUUCCUUGUAUAUGAACGAGUCCAUGUGAAACCCGACAACGCACGAACAAAGAAAGAAUACAUAGUGUUUCGUCGUCGCAAUUGUAUUAUUUGUUUCCGUAUUAAUUGCCGCUAUUUUGCCUGUGCAAUAAAUUUUAUAACGGCACUGCCGUUGCGUUGUUGCUAUAUAAAAUUCACUCACGUGGUAGAAAUCGACCAAUCAGAACACACGUUUACAAAAAAUGAAUAUUAAAUAAGAAUAAUUUAUAACUUGCGAUAGUGCAGUUGACCGAUAUUAUCCUAACGUGCCGGCUCUUAUCAGAAAGACUACCAAAAACCAUGGCUCAUUUUAACACUGCCAGGUUAAGGCCGGCGCACACUAGAGCUAUGUGCUUGGCAAAAAGUCAU